AUGGGAUUUGGUGGAAUUUUUGAAAGAAAUGGAGAUGAAAAAAAAGUAGUUGGUAGUGGUGGAAAUUUGGAAUUAAAACCAGAAACCAAAGUUUAUUAUACUUCGUCGGGUGCGGAAGUAAAAAAUGAAGUCAAACAAAUUAAACCGCUAAUCGAGCAGAUAGUAGGAGAAAAAGCAGCCAAAAAUAUUCAAAUAAUUGAGGGUCCAAAACAAAAAAAUGGUUAUGAUUGUGGAGUUUAUCUGAUAAAAUACAUUGAGGAAUUGUUAAGAGUUGGCAGAUUAGAAUUAAAUAAAGUAGCAGAUAAAUGGUGUAAAUGGGAUGCAAUUUCAGAGGGAAAUAUUAAAGGCAACGACCAAGCGGAAAGUGAAAAAGUUGACAGCCAAAAACGGGAGACCGAACAAAUAUCCACCGAUACCGAAUGUAGCAAAACACUGCUAGUUUCUCCAACGAAAGAAAUAACUACAAAGGAAACUCAAAAUGAUAACGCUCUGACUGACGCCCAAAAAACUAUUGAGGAAUUAAAAUGA